CUGCGCACGGCGCCGGUCGGGGAGAUCAACCGGCUGGUCACGUUCCUCAGCCCCUCGGCAGGGCUGGUGCGCGCGAUGGCGUACGGCGCAGCCAAGACCACCAGCCGUCUGCGGCUGGCCACCCUGCUGUUCAUCAACGCCGACCUCCGCCUGUACCGCGACCCGGUCAAGGAUCACUACAAGAUUACCGAGAUCACGUGCCGGGACGACUUCGGCGGCAUUCGCGCCAGUGUGCCGCGCUACUUUGCGGCGUCUCUCUGGGCGGAGGUGGUGCUGAGGUCGCCGGGCGCGGCGGAGCCGGCCGAUCUGUACGCGCUCCUGCUCGACUGCCUGCUGGCGCUGCAUUCAUCCGACCUGGCGGUGCAGCGCGGCCUGUCGGCGCAGUUCAUCUGGCGCUACCUCCACCUCGCGGGCCUGCAGCCCGACCUGCAUGGCUGCGCGGCAUGCGACCGGCCGCUGGCUCCGGCAGUCGCCGGCUACCUGUCCGAGCGCUAUGGCGACAUCCGCUGCGCCGAUUGCUCCGCUCUGUCCGACGCGGCGUUCAGUGCCGGCGCGCGCGCCUACCUCAGUCACACGCAAAAGCUCCCCCCGGCUCGCGCCGCUGCCGUGCGGCUGCAGGAUGACCGAGGGUUGAGCAACGUCCUGUAUCGCAUGGUGCAACGGGCGGUGGAUGCGCCGCUGGCAGCGCUGCAGGCGGGCGCCGGCAUGCUGUGA